AUGUUUUGUUCUGAAGGAAAAAAGGUAAAUGUAGACAUAAUUGGUAACGAAUUUGUCUGUUUUGAUUGUGAUGGUGAGUAUAUCAUAACGUCUCGAUUCAGUUUUAGGGUUUGCAAAUCUCCUAGAAUAUUGCAGAAUUGUUGGCAGCUCUCUAAAUGAAGAGAAACGUAGUGCAGAUGGGAAUUUCUGUCCCAUUUACCUCUUAGCUGAACAGGUACAAGUAUUAGUAGAAGCUGGUAAGACAUAUGGAUAUUGUUCCUUUAUUUUUUAGGCAUGGUGACUGUGAGAAAAGUGCGCAAUUUUGAUGGACUUUCUGACGAGCCUUGUUCUAGUACCACUUCGGGUAAUACGAAUCUUGAGGUUGGCGUUUGUGGUUUAUUGGCAACAAUUAUUUUUGUAGGAACUUCGAAUUAGAGCUGUUGAUAUUGCCAAAAAAAGAGAAUUGAAGAAUCGGAAACGGAAACUUUUGGGGGAUAAUGUCCCGGCUAAAGUUCUGAGAAUUAAGAAAGCUGACAUGAAGGAAAUGAAUGACGUUAUAGUGGAUGAGCUAGAAAUAGAGAAGGUCUUUCAGGAACUAAAGCAUCAAAAAGUAACCGUUCCCGACGAUGUGAUACGAGUAUGUUAUGGUAAGCGGUGUGCUCUUCGUUCUGUUAUUCAUCUUUUUAGGCUGUCCUCUGGAUUGUUAUGAGAUGAUAUCUGCAGAAGACAUUCCGUUCCCUGAUGACAUUGAUUAUCGCGCUCGAUUAACGGUGUUUAGAGAUCUCUGGAGAAAGGGAUUUUAUUUGACCUCAGGGCAAAAAUUUGGAUGUGAUUACUUGGCGUACGAGAAGUCCCCAGGAGAAGAACACUCAAGGUUUAUGGUGUAUUGUAAAAGAUCUGAAGAUAGUAUUUACCCCCUUGAUGUCCUUUCAUUGUCACGAGUAGCAGGUCAAGUUGGAAAAGCAGUUCUUUUGGCUGUUGUAACUUCUAAUUCGGUAAUUCCAUCGUAUGUUGAAAUGAACUGGUGGAAAGGUGAUGAAUAAAUCCCUCCUGUAUAAUUGGCGGUUGCGUUUUUGUUUUUAUCAAAUUUAUACUUCCUGAAGUUAGUUUUUUCUAGAAUAUUUUCAGUUAUCUUCUCAUCGUCUCAUUCAAUUCCCCUUUUUUCAAUGGUAAGUCCCAUGAUAAAUGGGUAAAUUUGAAUCAUUUUAGUUGUUUUUCUCUUUUUUCAAAUCACUGGUGGGGAGGGAAGUUAUUGUUGAACUCAAGAAUGAUCUCAGGUAAGUUUUUUUUAAAUCAUGGAGCGCGCUUCUGGAUGUCUUCUGUAAUAAGUAAAUGAAUUUUAGUAUUUGCGGAACUUUGCAUUCUGUGGAUCAGUAUCUAAAUGUCAAGCUUAUUGACAUCACAGUCCAAGAUCAGGAGAAGUUCCCUCACAUGAUCUCCGUCAAGAAUUGUUUUGUUCGAGGUUCUGUUGUCCGUUAUAUUCAUCUUCCCACUGAUGGAAUAGACACGAAUCUACUGCAAGACGCGACUCGAAAGGAAAUCCUCCAAAGUCGUCAGCAGGCCAAGUAA